GGAUUUAACUGCGCUGAGGCUAAUAAAGGCAUAAAAGAAAGGCAUAAAAACCCCAGCAGUGCCGGGCAGGGCCAGCCGAGCAUCGUGCUGCAGCCGUCAGAGCCUGACCCUGAACCCUUCACUUGCUUCCUCCCUGUCAUGGUUUAUUCCACGAAGUAGAUUUUAGGUGAGUGGCUUUCUGCCUGCCUGCUUAUUGUGAGUCUGCAAGCUGGGGACGCUCCUGUAUUUGUUCGCCUGUAGCAAGAUCUGGAUGGGGACCACCUAGGAGAAGCUGUCACGGGCUUGGGAAGAGAUGUCUUCAGGAAACAGGGACAGUGGAGGAAGGAUGGAGGUCCUGCUAGCAAGUCAUGAUGGUUGAAUCCGCCUCGGAGACAAUACGGUCCACUCCGUCCGGCCAGAACGGGGUCAGCAGCCUCAGCAACCAGCCCGAUGGCGGCGGCACCGGCGGUGCUGCGGCGGGUGCAGGGCGAGAAGGAGCCACGAGCGGGGAGACCAACGGCGAGAUGAGCCCCGUGGAGCUCCUGCACUUCCAGCAGCAGCAGGCUCUCCAGGUGGCACGCCAGUUCCUGCUGCAGCAGGCCACGGGGCUGAGCUCCCCCAGCAGCAAUGAGGGCAAGCAGCCGGCGGUGCAGGUCCCCGUGUCCGUGGCCAUGAUGUCCCCGCAGAUGAUCACGCCGCAGCAGAUGCAGCAGAUCCUGUCACCGCCCCAGCUCCAGGCCCUCCUGCAGCAGCAGCAGGCGAUAAUGCUGCAACAGUUACAGGAAUACUACAAGAAGCAACAGGAGCAGCUUCACCUGCAGCUAUUGACACAGCAGCAAGCUGGAAAGCAGCAACCCAAAGAGCCGUUAGGGAACAAGCAGCUGGCCUUCCAGCAGCAGCUCCUGCAGAUGCAGCAGCUCCAGCAGCAGCACCUGCUAAACCUGCAGCGCCAGGGGCUGGUGAGCCUCCCACCGGGGCAGGGCUCUGUGCCCCUGCAGACCCUGCCCCAAGCUGUGUGCCCCUCAGACCUCCAGCAGCUCUGGAAGGAGGUCACGGCCGCCCAGCCCGUCGAGGACAGCAUCAAGCAAGAAGGUCUCGACCUCACCACCAACACCUCCAACUCUACCUCGUUUUCGGCCGCCAAGGUCUCGCCUCCCAUUUCCCAUCACCCUCUGCCCAAUGGACAGAGCACCAUGCACACGCCGAGAAGGGACAGCUCUUCCCAUGAAGAGACCCCUGGCUCCCACCCGCUCUAUGGCCACGGAGAGUGCAAGUGGCCUGGCUGCGAAACCCUCUGUGAGGACCUGGGACAGUUUGUCAAACACCUCAAUACAGAACAUGCACUUGACGACCGAAGCACGGCCCAGUGUCGAGUCCAGAUGCAAGUGGUACAGCAGCUGGAAAUACAGCUGGCAAAGGAGAGCGAGCGUCUCCAAGCAAUGAUGGCCCAUCUUCACAUGAGACCUUCAGAGCCAAAGCCUUUCAGCCAACCUCUGAACCUGGUCUCCAGUGCCACCCUCUCCAAGAGCACUUCCGACACGUUCCCUGAUGGCUUACCUCAUCCCCCCACCUCCGCCACGGCGCCCAUCACCCCGCUGCGGCAGGGCCCCUCCGUCAUCAGCUCUUCCACUUUACACAACGUGGGGCCCAUCCGCAGGAGAAACUCGGAGAAGUUCUGCACCCCAAUAUCUUCAGAACUUGCACAGAAUCACGAGUUUUACAAGAACGCCGAUGUCCGGCCGCCCUUCACGUACGCCUCCCUCAUCCGGCAGGCCAUCCUGGAGACCCCCGACAGGCAGCUAACGUUGAACGAAAUCUAUAACUGGUUCACACGGAUGUUUGCCUACUUCCGGAGGAACACGGCUACCUGGAAGAACGCCGUCCGCCACAACCUGAGCCUGCACAAGUGCUUCGUGCGCGUGGAGAACGUGAAGGGAGCCGUGUGGACCGUCGAUGAGCACGAGUACCAAAAGCGAAGGCCACCAAAGAUGACAGGGAGUCCGACUUUAGUCAAAAACAUGAUUUCAGGACUCGGUUACGGAGCACUUAAUGCAAGUUACCAGGCUGCGCUGGCAGAGAGCAGCUUCCCGCUGCUGAACAGCCCCACCAUGAUCAACACGAGCUCCGCCAGCGGCAUGCUGCACGUGGGCCACGAUGACGUGAGCAGCACCGUGGAGCAGGUCAACAGCAACGGCAGCAACAGCCCGCGCCUGUCCCCGCAGCAGUACAGCCAUCCCGUGCACGUGAAGGAGGAGCCAGCCGAGGCAGAGGACGACAGCAGGCCCGUCUCGCUGAUGGCCACCACCAACCAGAAUGUGACGAUUCCCGACGACAGGGACCUGGAGGAGGAGCUGCCGGUGGAAGACUUGUCCUAAGGACCCCUUCCUCCUCCCCACCGAGGGGCAAAACCCUUCCCACCAUCCCGGCCGGAGACCAAGCGACGGCUCCCACCUCCCCAAGGUGACCUUCGGCGUUAACCUGUUUUUUAAAGGCACUUCCACAAAGCAAAAGGGUUUCCUUGGUGCAACGACCUGUUGCUGACGGCGCGUCCCUCACGCUCCCCACUGCCCCGCGCUGCGCCCCGGUGACUGACUGAGCCCUGCUUCAGGGGACAUCCCUCGACAUGAGAAGCGAAAACCCAAGAGCUGGACUUUUUCUCCCCUCCUCCCUUGGUUAGUGAGUGGUGAACGAGGAUGGUAGGUUGUUUCUGUCCGAAAUGGUCCCUCCUUCCUUCCCUGUGCGAGGGAAGGCAGCUCCGUCCCCUCUUCCCUGCGGUGCUCGAGCCUCCAGCAGCGACCGCCCCGGCAAGGGAAGGCGAUGGCAGGAACCCGCUGUCAUCUCUCCCAUCACCCAAUGGGGUUUGCACUAGGAGGGACUGUGGACCCUGCCCAUGUGCUGCUUCCACCUGGCUUUGGGGGAAGAAACAGCAGAAACAGGAGGCAAGUCCUCUGCCAUGGUCUGGAUGUGAGGCUUGCACCGUUGUCUCCCGGCUGGGCAAGGAUGAGGACCGGUGCUUUAGUGGGACUGUGUCCCCUUGGCCUUGCCACCUCUAGCAGGUCCCUAAACCACCCAGCCCCUGGUCCACGAUGGUGGGGAGCUGGUGGCACCAGCAGUGGUGACCGUCUCCAGCCAACCACCAGUGAGGGCACGGCUCCUGCUUCCUUCUUGAUGUCAUCUGCAGCAGGUUACACCCCUCUCUGUGGCCCAACUUCGGCUUCAGGGGGGGCUCCUGACCCCUGUGUGCCCGAUCCCUGCUCCAAAGGCUCCAGGGUGUCCGAGGCUGCAGCUCGGCCAUCCUGCUGGUGGCAAAGCCAAAUCAGUGAGCCCUUGUGGUGGCCAAACCUGGCCGUGGCCGCUGAGCCGAGCCUGCUGCCUCCGGGGCUCCCACUUUCAUCUUGUCCUUUCGUUAUCCUUUUGUGUGCGUCCAGAUGGGAAGAUACCAAAAGAUUUCUAGAGACAGAAGGUCCGUAGUUCAGGUGAACAGAUGGUAUUAAUGCCAAAAAGAAAAGAAAUAUUAAUAAUAACGAGAACAACACAACCAAA